AAAUUUAAGAAAAAAAUGACGAAUAAGAUUCAUAUAUAGAACUAGUUAUACAUUCUCAAGUGUGAAAAUAAAAGAUUAUGUCAGUGACGUAUCUUACUGAUACAUGUUAUAUUACCGAAGAGUGAGUGGAAACGACAGUAGUCUACAAACUCUCGCAGAGCAACAUCGAGAAUUCUUUCUUUCAUAACCAGUUUUUUCUCUACCACAUGAUGGAAACCUGGGCAAUGAUCUUGGCCUUCAUGGCAGUGGUACUCAGCAUUUAUUAUUACAUCUUCAAGGACUGGAACUACUUCAAAAAAAUUGAUUUACCAUAUAUGGAACCAUGGCCGUUAUUUGGGAACAUGGGACAAGCAAUUUUCCGUCAGAAAACGAUGAUUGAUUUAACUAUAAAUGCUUACAAUCUGCAUCCAAAAGCAAAAUACGUUGGUUUUUUCGAUAUGAGUAAUCCGGUUUUACUUAUUCGUGAUCCUGAGUUAAUCAAACUGAUCGCAGUGAAGAGUUUCGAUAAUUUCAUGGAUCACAGAGGUUUCGUUGACGAGGUACAGGAUCCUCUCUUCGGAAAGAAUUUAUUUUCCUUAAGAGGCGACCGAUGGAAAGAAACUAGAACUAUGUUGAGUCCGGCAUUUACUUUAAGCAAACUGAAAGUUAUGUUCAAAUUAAUGAACGACUGCGGAGCAGAUUUUACAGAUUUUCUAUCAAAAAUGCCAAAGGAUAAAAGAACUGUAGAAAUGAAGGACAUCUUCACGAGAUAUACCAAUGACGUAAUAGCCACAUGUGCAUUUGGCAUCAGUAUGAAUUCGAUGAAAAAUCCGCAAAACGAAUUCUAUGUUCUCGGAAGAGACGCAACAAACUUUGACGGUAUUAAAUCUCUAAAAUUCUUCCUUAUUCGAUCUUUCCCAAAUAUUGUAAAAUUAUUCAACAUCAAGCUCAUAUCCGGUAAGAUCGGUCAUUUCUUCGAGAACGUUGUCCAGGAGGUAAUCAACACUAGAGAUCAAAACAAUAUUGUACGAGCGGACAUGAUACAACUGAUGAUGGAAGCUAGAAACAAAAAAGCUGAAAUCGGAGAAGAAUUAACUAUGAUGGAAAUAGUAGCUCAGGCGUUCAUCUUUUUUUUUGGUGGCUUCGACACAACCUCCACUGCUAUGUGCUUUACUUGUCACGAAAUUGGUGUCAAUCCGGACAUACAAAAGAGACUCCAGCGAGAGAUCGACGAGGUCAUCGAAAAGAUCAAUGGAAAUCCAACUUAUGACAUUAUCAACAGCAUGCAAUAUCUAGACGCCGUGAUAAGCGAGUCCCUACGGAGAUAUCCGAUCGCUAUUAUUCUUGACAGAGUGUGCAACGAGAAUUUCGAACUGCCAGCAAGUUUACCUGGAAACAAACCCUUUGUCUUAAAAAAAGGCAUGAAUGUUUGGAUCCCAGUUUGUGCAUUCCAUCUGGACUCGAAAUAUUUCGAGGAUCCGUACAAAUAUGAUCCCGAAAGGUUCAUGAAACGAGGAAAAGAGAUCACCAAUUCUGGCGUUUAUUUACCCUUCGGUUUAGGACCUAGAAUGUGCAUUGGUAAUAGAUUCGCUUUAUUGGAGAUGAAAGUUUUGAUAUUUAAUUUAUUGGCAAGAUGUAAUCUCAAGCCUUCCGCUAAAACCCAAAAUCCUAUUCGAUUAUCCAAGAGAGGAGUCAAUUCGGCCCCCGAAAAAGGUUUUUGGAUGGAUUUAGAGAAAAGAAAGGAUGUUCAUCCUACUGUUAAAAGUUUCGUCCCAAAUAGCAUUACUGAUGAAGAUAUUAGAAGAGAUGCAUCGAUUAAUGGUGUUACUAAUGGUCAUACGGUUAAAGCUUAACAUAUGAAAAUCAUGAUAAUAAUAGUAUUAAGAUUUACUCGCCUAAAGUAUACAUUUAAAUGUUUAUAUAUAUUAUAUUUGUCAAUGAUAAUGUUAGGGAUACUGAAUUCGGAUUAAAUGUUUGUGCAUCGUAUUUCGCAAUAUCAGGGAUUAAUGUUAUUUAAAUUAUAUGCAGCUAUGCACAUAUCGUCUUUUUAUUGGAUUACGUAUCGUUUCGGAAAAUAACUUUUCUGUUAUCUUACUUUGAAAUAAAUAAUGUAUCAUUA